GAUGAUCAGUGUGGCUCCAGAAGUGCCACCUGCCAGUGUCCAUCAGUGCCAGCAGUCAGUGCUAAUCAGUGCCAUGUGCCAGUGCCCAUCAGUGCCACAUCAAUGUCACAUAUCAGUGCAUACCAGUGCACAUCAAUGCCACAUAUCAGUGCCCAUCUGAGCUGCCUUUCAAUGUCACCCAUCAGUGCCAGUCAGUGCCACCUAUUAAUGUCAAUCAGUUCCGCCUAUCAGUGCCAGUCAGUGCUGCCUAACAGUGCCAGUCAGUGCCGCCUAACAGUGCCAGUCAGUGCUGCCUAACAGUGCCAUGCCCAUCAGUGCCACCUAUCAGUGUGCAUCAGUGCAGCCUAACAGUGCCAGUCAGUGCUGCCUAUCAGUGCCAUAUAUCAGUGUCAUGUAUCAGUGCUGCCUUUCAGUGCCCAUCAGUGAUGCCUGUCAAUGCCCAUCAGUGCAACCUAUCAGUGCCUCCUCAUCAGUG